AAUUGGUGGAUUCUGUAUGAUCCCUUGAAUGUUAAAACAGUGCAAAGCAAGGGUGACUCGCAAUCUUGGAGGUUCUUCUUCCUAUUAUCUCUCUUGAAAAAAAAAAAAAAAAAAAAACAUAGGAAAUUAUAUAGAGAAUUGUAUAAAUAAACUGAUUGAUUUUAUUUAUUUAUUUUUUUUUUAAAUUAACGUGAAUUUAUCUUGUUAAAUUUUUAAAUCAUUUACUCAUUUUUGAGAUUUUUUUUUUAAAAUUUUUUUAUGUGUCUACGUUUUGAGUAAAUUUACUCAAUUUUUUUUUUGACUGAAGCACUGAAUUUUAGUGAUAAUGUAUCACCGACGAUCAUUUAGUGGGUAUGGAGGACAAUUGGAACGUCCAGUUCCAAAUACACUACAAGAAUAUUCUUUGAGAGGCAGUAAUCCAUCAAUGGAGAGUUUAAAUGGCAUGCCAUGGCAUGGAUCAUCAACAAGCUUCUCGAGUCUUGGUUCACGUGGAACUACAUCACCAAACAGUAGUAAUAACUCUCAAGAAUUUGAUAACAACGAAAUACCAAUAGGAGCAUUACAAGUUCGUCAGCGUAGAAUUGGUAUUAUAUCACCUUGUUUUGAUUAUAAUUUUGGAGGAUCUGAAUUCAAUGAACCUUUAAAUGAUCCAUCACAAAAACCAUUGAAUUUACAAAAUAAUACAAAACUUUAUUGUACUAUUCAUAAUAAUACACACAAUGGUUAUUGUCCAACAUGUAGUAAAACACUUUGUUGUGAGUGUGAAUUAAAUUGUCAUGGAUCUCAUAAUGCAAUGCCAAUUAUAGAUGCUAUUGAAGCUGCAAUAAAAAAAUCACAUGGAACAAUUGAAGAAGCUAAACAAGGUAUAACUGUACUGAGUAAAGAUAUUAAAGCAGCUGCUGAAGCUAAAGAAAAUCUUCAGCAAAAAUCAUUAGCAGCACAAGCUGAUGUUAUAUCAUCAAUAGAUCGUAUGAAAGCAGCACUUGAUGCACGUCAAAAUCAACUCAUAAAUGAAAUAAAAAUAGUUGAACAACAAAAACAUAAUAUGUUGGAAACUCGUCAAAUUGAGCUUCAAAAAAAUUACGAUGUACUUCAAAGAGCUUCGGAAAAUUUAUGCCGUUUAAAGGACAGUUCAAUAUCAAAUCCUGUUGAUACAAUGAAAAUUCUUAUUACUGAAGACAUCUCAACUGCUGAGGUACUUCAAGUACGUCAAAAUCGUAUAAAUCUUCUUACUGAUAAUGACGAAUACUUGUCAUUUGUAGCAUCAGAAAAUUCAUUUCUACAAUUAGUUGAUAGCUUUGGUGGUGUAAAAACAAAUAAUCCUGGUCCAGUUGGUGAUAGAAGAGCAGUACGUGGACGUGUAUCAUCACCACCAACAGCUAUUAAUAAUUCUUAUAUGCAAAGACAACAAUUGUCAGAACAAAAAAAUAUACUUUUGCAACAAUUGGAACAGCUUGAAUCAUUGAUUUUUGAAGAAAAAAAAAGACGAGAACAAUUAUUUUUACAACAGCAACAACAACAGCAACAACAACAACAACAACUUCAACAUUUUCAACAGCAUCGUCAGUAUCGACAACAUCAUCAACGUCAACAACCACAACAACAACAACAGCAACAACAACAACAACAAGAUCAAAAGAAAAGAUUGACAUCUCCACCAUCUGGUAGACCAAUACCAGGUUGUCCAUUUAGUGUUUGUGUUAAAACACAACGUAUAACAGCAAAUGAUUUAAAAUCAAUUGGUAAUUAUGGUGAUGAAUCAUCUGAUACAUUAUGUCGUCCAUGGGGUGUAUGCUGUGAUAGAAAUGGAAAUAUAUUUGUUGCUGAUAGAUCAAAUAAUAGAAUACAAGUAUAUAAUGAUCAAUUAAAAUUAAUUCGUUCAUUUGGUAAUCGUGGUACAGCACCAGGACAAUUUGAUAGACCAGCUGGUAUUGUUGUUGAUAAUAAAGAACGUUUAAUAAUUGCUGAUAAAGAUAAUCAUAGAAUUCAAAUAACAACAUUAAAUGGACAUGUAUUAAAAAUAUUUGGUGAAAAAGGAGCUAAAGAUGGACAAUUUAAUUAUCCAUGGGAUGUUGCUGCUAAUGAAGCUUGUGAUAUUAUUGUAUCAGAUACACGUAAUCAUCGUAUACAAUUAUUUAAUAAAGAUGGACAAUUUAUGGCUAAAUAUGGCUUGGAAACACAAUCAUCAUUUAAAUAUUUUGAUUCACCACGUGGUGUUGCAUUUAGACCAAAUGGUGAUAUUGUUGUUACUGAUUUUAAUAAUCAUUGUAUUGUUGUUGUUGAUUAUGCAUGUACUAAAGCAAUGACACUUGUACCAACAACACAAAAAGAAUUUUUUAAUAGACCACAAGGUGUUAUUGUUGAUGAUGAUGGUAAUAUUAUUGUUUCUGAUUCACGUCAUAAUAGAAUACAAAUAUUAGAUGAAACUGGUGAAAUUAAAAGAACUAUUGUACCUGAAGAUACAAUGCUUAUGGAAAAUCCAUCUGGUAUUGCACUUACACCAAAUGGUAAAAUUGUUGUUGUUGAUUUUGCACAUAAUCGUGUAUUGCUUAUUUAAAUCAACAAUUAUAAAUAUAUAUAUCAUUUAAAUAAUACUCAAAAAUUUAACAAAAAAAAAGCAAAAAAAAAUAUAUAAAAAUGAAAAAAAGACAAAAAAAUAUAUAAAAUAUUUACAAAUGACAAAGUCAAGUUAUGGAAAAAUUUAAAAAUUAUGAUAUUUAGAAAUCAAAAGAUCAAAGCACUUAUAAAUAAUUAAAAGAUUUAAAAUAAAAAAAAUAUUUUAUAAUAAUUAAACAUGAAAAAAUGUAGAACAUUUAUAAUCGAAAAAAAAAAAAAAAAAAAAAAAAGAAAAAAAAGAAAAAAGAAAAAAAAAAUUAGAAUGACAAAGUAUAAAUAUAUCUAUCUAAUGAAUUUAGAUUUUUAAAAUAAUCAUGAAUAAUUAUAAAAAUUGAAAAAAAAAUUUAUUAAUUAAAUAUAUUUUCUUCUUGAUAUAAUUACAUGUAAAUAAGGCUGUAAAUUAAAAAGAUAAUUAUUUGUUAAACAAAUGAAAUAAUUUAAGUAAAAAUUAGUUUUAAAUUCUAUAAUUAUCAUUAGAUAAUUUUUAUCAAUUAUUUUAUCGAUUGUUAGUUUUAUUCUUGACAAAAAAAAAAACAUCGAAAAUACUGUGAAAUAAUUUAUAUUUUUACUAUUAAUAUUUAAGUCCAGGUGAUGGUUCUUAUUUGAUGAUUUAAAAAAAACAAAAAAAAACAAAAAAAAAAAAGGGUAAACAAUGAAUGAUACAAGCUACUUCUUCUUCAAGAUAAGAAAUAAAAAAAAAAAAUUAAUUUUAAGACUUUGCCUACUCUCUGUUAUGAGCUCAAAGAUGUAGAUUAUUUUUUAUAAUUUUUAUGAUUUUAUUUUUCUUCUUUUUAAUAGUUUUUAAUUAUUAUUAAUUUACAUGUGAUAGUUCU